AUGCGACGUAAUGGAAAUCAUAUUUGUGGUGGAUCAAUUAUAAAUGAUCAAUGGAUUAUCACAGCUGCUCAUUGUGUUGUUGGAAAUCAAAAUCCAGCUUCCUAUGUUAUUUAUAUCGGUCUUCAUGAUCGAUUAAUUGCAGAUGAAUGGGUUAUUACGAGAAAAGUUGAAAAUAUUACAAUUCAUUCAAAAUAUUCGAGUCAAAAUUUUGCGAAUGAUAUUGCUCUUAUGAAAUUAUCUGAAAAAAUUGAUCCAUAUACUGAAUAUUAUAUGCCUGUUUGUUUUCCAAAUGUCGAUCAAACAUUUGAGAAUCAGAUAGGAUAUACAGUUGGUUGGGGAGCACCAUUUUAUGGUGGUAGUUUGCUACGUCAUUUAUAUGAAGUAGCUUCAUUAGUAUUAACUGAUAAUGCAUGUAAAGCACGUUAUUCAUCAGGUAUGAUCAAUACAUCUACUCAAGUAUGUUCAGGUGGAAACAGUACAGGAGCUUGUCAAGGUGAUUCCGGUGGUCCAUUUAUUGUUGCUGAUCCUGCACGUGGUGGUCGGUAUGUUCUUGUUGGUUUAACAUCAUGGGGUAUUGGAUGUGGUGAUGGUGGUGUUUAUACACGUGUUUCAGCUUAUAAAUCAUGGGUCGAAUCAAUAACUGGUUCUACUUUGUUUUAA